CAUCAACAAAGGUGAGACGCCCUUCCCCACCCCGCGCCUCCUCCCAGUCAUAGAUGUACAGUCCCGGUUAAUUACUGUGCUGUGUGUGACAUGGACUCCUGCUGGUGUGGCUGCCGUGGCACAGAUGGGCGGGAAAGCUCGGUGGCGGAAGCUGCAGCGCGUGGUGGGGUGUCUGCCGCAGGGCCCCCACGCGUCAGUCGACAAGCACCGACAGCGGCGGGAGAGAGCACGCACCAGGGACGCCAAGAGGAAGAGGCUGGGCGAUGAUGGGGAGGAGGAUGCAGACACCAUACUGAUCGGGAGUAAAAAGGAAAUAAACAAAGAGGAAGAGGAGCAGAGAGCGUGUACGGAUAAGAGUGAGAAUGAUAAAGAAACAGACAAGCCACACCAUCAGCAGGAAAAGGAGCUUGAAGAUAAGAUCAUGACCGAGAUGAAUGAUACGGAUAAGAACUCCUGCAAUGAAAAAAAGGUCCAGGAGGCGAUGGAGCAGCGGGCUGGAGUGUGGACGGCUUCCCCUAACGGAUGGCUCUUUCGGCCCCUGAGCAACACCACUUUAGAGGAAGAACUGAGGAAAGCCCAGGAGGAAGAGGAGGAAAAUGGGCGGAAAGAUCGAGUGCACGAGAAUGGACAGCGAGUGGCCAAGUUCUUCCUAUCAGACGAUGAGAGUGACAGCGACACGGCCAUUUUCAUAGAUGCCUAUCAGCCCGUGGCCUCUGAAGACAAGGACUCUCAAUUAUCUGUGGCGCCCGUCACAUCCCCGUCCCACAGUGAGGCGCUGCAGCGUGACGGCCUCUUAGAAAAUUCCUCGGGAUUCCUCGUGCAAUCCCAAGUGCAAGUCCCUCUAGAGGCCGAGGAUGUGGAGUUGGUAUUGGCAGAUGCGAUCGAGGAGGAUGAAAUCUCCGAGACCGUUGAUCCGCUUGCCAAAAUCAGCACCAUGGAGGCCGUGGUGACCGAAUGCCCACGCCAAGAUUCCCUGCUGGCCGGUCUUGCACCCAAGUUUUUAGAGGCCGAAGCGGCCCCUGAUCGGUCAAGCACGGAUCUCUCCAUCGAGUCAGCUGAAAGCUCUGUCAGCAGGCAGUUACCCUGCCUAAACGACACGGAUGCAGCGACGGACAGCGGAUCAACAAAGGAUAGAACAGACUGUAUUAAAAGUGAGUCGGCAGACGGCAAGGUCGAGUGGAGCACAAUGAAGAAGGAAGCGGGGAGGGAGGCUGAUGCCGCUCAGGACACGCUUCACCACGAAGCAGACACUGAGUCGCACUCCACGCCCGAUACCUCCGCUCCCAGGGACCAGGCCACCCUCGCUAUGAACAAUGAAGCGGCCUCUGAAAACCAUUCUCGGCCAAAACCAAAUUCGGAGAAGAAAGUCGUGGACGCCCACGAUACAAGAGGCGACAGUGAGGCCGAGAACCUCUUCUUUAGUCUGUACCCAGAGUACCAUCCGAGUGAACCUGAGGAAGGUGCCACUCAAGAGGCAGAAAAUGUAGUUACAACUUCCUCUAAUGAUAUAUGUUUUAGUCCUCGGAGUUCUUGUGAUGUGCCACAGGAGAGUGAAGGCAGUGUGGAUGUUGUCUCUCAGGAGGUCGAUGUUCAAGACGGACUAGAACAUCCUAAAGACUUCCAAGAGGUCUGCGAUGGAUCACAAACUGCCAGUCUCGCUCGUGACACCUCCAGUGAAGAUUCGUCAACCACUGCUGUGGAUCCCGUGGCUACUUCGACCCCUGAGAUCAAGCCUAGGAUGACUUUGAACAAAUCUGACAGCCUUCACCAAGACCUGCAUCAGCUUGAAUCUUCUGCGGCCCAACAAGGGGAGCUGGAGGAGGCCGGAGCGGAGGCGGGGCAGGACGCACUAGAGUUGGAGAGCAGACUUGAAAGCGAACGGGCCCGGCAGACACUGGUGGGUAAGGCGCGUGAAUGGAUCAAGGGCGUGGCCAGGAUGGGCGCCACAAAGAGAGUAGACCCCUCCUAUGAGAAGCACCCCAUUUUAGAAGCCACGGAAGACACUUGCUCCCAUUCAACUGGAAAGAUAGAUGAUGAUAAUGAGGUUCUCACGGCGUCCACCGAUACUUUGGACGCUAACUCUGCCGAGGUACAGGCGGGCCCUGCAUCAGGUAGGGAUAUGAAGGUUCACGACAUGCCAGAAGAGGAUCAGGAGGUUUGCUUCACACCUGCUGAAGAUGUAAACAACAUUCCCGAGUCUGGCACAGACCUGAGUACUCAGCAGACACUCCAAGGAAAUCCUGCCUUUCAGUCCUCCUCCACGUGGGAUUCUUGGAGUUGUUCCCCUCCUGACAGAGGCAUGCUGGAGGAUGACUCACGUGUCCAAGACCCAAUAGAACCAUCUACACUGGACAGAGAUACAAAAAUUACCGCUGAACUGACUGAAGACCUGAAUUUCGAUGAAGGAGACAGCCAUUCACCCGGCGAGGACUGGAACAUCACCCAGAGUCCCACGCAACUCUCCCCAGGUACCGGAACAGACCACUACCCCCCAGAGGAGAAGGUGCACUACUCCUCACCUGCCAAUGAGGCCCAGGAUUACUUCGCGUCUGACAAAGAUAUGGAAGAUAAUUUAAACUUUAUUAAUGACAGGAAUAUCUGCAUGCAGCCAACCGCUACUCAGACACUGCAGGCUUGUUAUCCUCUCCCGGAUUCCGUGGUUUUUCCCUCAGCCUUUGAAGACUCUUACGAUGGCCCCACACCUGCUGACUAUCACGCACCUUAUCCCAAACCAACACAUGACUCAGAGCUCCAUUACACACCUGAAGAGGAGAUGAGCACUCCUUACACACCCGUUGAGGAGUUGAAAAUUAUAUGUUCUUCCGUUGAGCUUCUCCAGGCUCGGUACACACCUGAAAAGGGCUCCAGGGUUCAUGACAUACUAACUAAGGAGCUGCAAACUCACCGCACACCUGAGCAUGAGCACAUGAUUCAUGACAGCCCUGCCAAAGUACAAGAGGCUUACAACACACCUGACAAUAAGGACAUGGAGCAAAAUUACACACCUGCAAAUACGGAGAUAUGCUAUACAUUUACCAAAGAACACAGCGCCUUCCACACACCUGCAGAGAAACAAGGUACUUGUGUAUAUAUAGAAGAAGAUAAUUUCAACUCCACACCUGCUGAAGGAGAGAACUAUGAUAACACACCAGUGAAAGGACCUGCCGCUUACAAACCUGCCGAGAAACAAGAUGGUGAUUACAUAUCAGAAGAAGAAGAAGAGGAAGAAGAAGAAGCGCAGUUGCCUCAUUACACACCUACAGAAGAACAUAUAUUUCAGAACAUACCUGAAAGAGAAGAGCCAGUACCUCAUUACACACCUGUGGAAGAAGAGAAGGUUCAUCACACAACUGAAGAAGAACAAAAGGGCUAUCACACACCUGUUGAGGGGCACUUGCCAGAUUACACAUAUGCAGAUGAACAGUACACUUGUUACACACCUACCGAUGAAACUAAUGGAUUUUUCACACCUGCUGAAGACGGAGAGGCCAUCCACACACCUGAAAAUGAGCCAAAUCCCUAUCACAAACCUGAAGAUGAGGAAAUAAUUCAUUGCAAACCUGAUGAGAAGAGUUUCACAUGUGACGAAGAGCAGGAGAAUCAAAACACACCUGAAAUAACACACAACACUGACAGGGAGGACUAUCACACACCUGCUGUGGAGGCAAACAUCAUUAGUGAACCUACAGAAGAAAACCUACUUCAUUCUACAUCUGAUAGCAAACUGUCCACAUCUGCUGAGAGAGACGAAGACACACUCACUUCUAGCAACAACAAUAACACACCUGACACAUGUACUCAUGGCGAGGGCGUGACUCUUGAUACACGUGACACUGACCUUGAGUCACGUUACAUACCUGCCAGUCACCUUGAGGCCCAGAAAGAAGAGAAGGACAAGGAGGAAGAGGAGGAGGAGAAAGGAGAAAAGAAAGCAGAGAAGAGGGUGGAAGGUGAAGAAGAAAAUAAAGAUGAAGAAGGAAGGGAAGAUGAUAACUUUGAGAUGAAUAUUAACAGAAGAUGGAGAACUGAAAGUGAGAAAGAAGAAGGGGAAGACAGUAAGGGAGAGGAAAAAAAUGAUAGCGAGAAGGAGGAAAAGGAAAACAGGGGAAGGGAAGGGGGGAAAGAUAGUGAAAGGGAAGAAAGACGAGAUAGUGAAGGGGAAGAAAGAAGAGAUAGUGGAAGGGAGGGAAGAAAAGAUAGUGAGGGGGAAGGAAGGAGGAGCAGUGAGAGGGAGAGGAAAGAUAGUGAGAGGGAAAGGAGAGAGAAUGGAAGGGAGGGAAGAAAAGAUAGUGACGGAGAGGAAAGAAAAGAAAGCGAGGAGGAAGAAAGAAAGAACAGUGAAAGGAAGGAGAGGAAAGACAGUGAGGAGGAGAGAAAGGACAAUGAGAAUGAAGGAAGAAAGGAGGAUGGGAGGAGGGAAAGAAAAGACAGUGAAAGGGAGGAAAAGAAGGAAGAUAGGAAGAAGGAAAGAAAGGACAGUGAGAGGGAGGGAAGAGGAGAUACUGAGAAGGAAGAAGAUAACAUUGAGAGGGAGGAAAGAGACGACAGUGUGAAGGAGAGGAGGAGGAACAGUAGCGAGGAAGGAAAAGGUGCCGCUGAGAAGGAGAGGAGGAGACCGAGUGAGUGGGAGUGGAGGAGGAACAGUGGAGGGGAGGAGAGGAGGAACAGUGACUGGGAGAAGAGGAAGAGUGAGGGGAAAGGGAAGGACUCUGGGGAGGGAAAGAAGGAAAGCGAGACGGAAGCAAGCACUGAGGAACACACAGCAGCACAGAUGGCUUCUGCCAGGGAUGAGGUUGUAGGUGUCCUCGGCCCUCCCGUGACUGCUGGAACAGAGUCUCUCGAGUCCCAUGCAGCUAGUGAGGAAGCGGGCGUCUCUAGGGCCACAGUGCUCUCGAAUCCCUCAGAGCUAGUUACUUCUGAGCACACAGACGUUCCGCAGCGCGGGUUGCGAGGGGGAAGGGAGAAAAGCAGCCGGGAAUUCAAGUCUCAUCAGAAACACGGCAAGGCCAGAUACCAGCAUACAGGUACCGGCGAUGGUGACACCGCAGGCAAAGCCUCGGUCGUAGAUAAUUAUGUAGAAGACGCCAGAGGAGAAGACAAGAGUGCGAACAAGAGAAGGCGAAACCGACGAAACAAAGGGAAAUAUCACCCGGAGCAGGAGACAGGUAUUCCUCAACCACAGUCGGCCACUGGGCGCGACUGGACUCCUUCGCGAACUGCAGAAGUAAAGUCUUUCUCUCAUGGAGGUUCCUGGGAAAUGGAAAUCUCUCAUGAGAGAGAUAUUCAUUACCACAGUAAGGAAUACCUCUCACAACGACAAGAACCCUGCUCUCCAAGGGAAAGCUUGGAAAGUUCCGGCACCUCUGCUUUCUUUCAUAAGCCAGCGGUCGCGCACCAGGGCGAGAUUGUCACCACUUCAGGAUCCUGCAAAAGAUCAAAUAAGAAUGUCCCAUAUCAGAAAAGGCAACACCAGACAAACCACAAGGACAAGUUUUCUGAUUGCCAGAGAGAAAGUUCCCGGCGUGUCGAGAGAUUUUCUGAAGAACAAAAGGCUAGGGGGGCAGGGGAGUUUGCUGUGCCAGGGUCUCUGGGCGCACCCGGCGGCAAAGGAGCUCAGGCUGGGGAAAGGAGGCGAGGCAAAGGAAAUGAAAAGGGUUCCCGAAAAGGCGAGUAUGGAGAAGAGGUCCUUCAAGAAAAGUUCGCCCCGGGAGAAGGAGGAGAGAGUGUUGGGAAGCCUCCCCUAGCAAAGAUCUGGAGCCCCAGAAUCGAACGGAAGGACAAGAAGGAAAGCAGAAAGGAAAGAAGAGAGAGGAAGGUUUUCGAUAAAUCUGGAGAAGAAUUAAAGAAAGGGGAAAUCAGAUCUCCCCGGGAGGACCUGAGUGGAGUGAGCGGGACGCCAGGCAGAGGCGGCGCCUUGCACUCACGCUCACCGCUUCUGGAAACUCCCGUGGAAGGAGUUGCUACUUCGGCGGCUCAAAAACGAGAGGUGAAGCCUGCCAACCACGCUUCGUCUGGUUCACUGCUGGGGUCACCACCACCACCAGCAUCAUCCCGCACCACGGCAAAGCUGAGGUACCCCGAGGCACUCUCACAGCCUCUCUCACCGCCACCGUCCCCGCCGCUGAACAAAGCCCGUGAGAUGAAAGAGAAAACCAAACUUACUUCAGGUGAGAUGGAAAAAAUCAAUGAAACUUGUCUUACUUCUGAUCCUCCCUCUUACGCCAAGAAGGCAGCAUCUCAAUCUGUCAUGUACACAAUACCAGAAACAGCGCCUGCCUCGCCCCAGCAGACAGAGAAAGGCACAUCAAACCCGCAUGGCAGCAAAUUGAGUCAGGAUCGACCACAGUACAACCCGAAAUCUUUCACCCACAAAGACACAUCAGAGCAUCUACCGCCUGACCAGACAAAGACCUCAAGACCAGCAAGUCAGGAGGAUAAACAAACACAAGGUUCCUCGUGCAAGAGUCCUCCUCCACCCUCCUGCGAUGCCUCCAAGUCAGCCACACAAACAUUCACUUCAUCGUCUACUGUUGACCCACAAACUUUACACAAGGAACUGACAUCAGCUUCUCAUUCUUCUUUUCCACCUCUCCCGUCUCCCCCACCCUCACAACAAGAGUCGUUGAGAGACUCCACAGGCACACCAACCUCGAGGCCCCCAUUGAAGCCGAAGCCAAACAUCACUGAAAUUGAUACGUCGCAGAAAGCAGAGGGUGUAGAGGAAGAGAACAUGUCAGGUGGAAAACCCAAGGCAAGAAGCGAGGAGCCACUUGGUUCACCAGGAAGGGUCAGUGUGGCUCAAAGGAUGAAGUUUCCUGAAUUGCAAAUGAGUGCCACAGAAACAAAAGCAGAUGGGAGUCAGGCAGGUGCAACGUCCCCUAAGCCAGACGUGACGCAAGCAAGAUCUACAACGGCAGCCAAACCCUCAGCAGGAUCAGAGGAAGGUGAUGCUGGUGUGGCCUCACCCAGGCACGCAUCGCCCUCCGCAAGGACUAUUUCCGCACAGAAAGCCGUCUCCAAGUUCCCCAGAGGAACAGAGGCAUCUCCCCGAUCUCCUUCUCCUUCCCACAUGACCUCCACUUUUUCCUCCUGCUCCGACAGUACAGAGUCUGCUGCUCUUCAGACAUCUGACAAACUACUUCAAAAGGCAACUUCGUCUCCACGACCGCGACGAUCAGACAUGAAGUCCGCAGCAUCAGAAUCUGUAAGGGAUUCCAAGUCCGGUGAGGGAGGACUUUCCGAGCCACAGUCUCCAAGCCAGCUGGCCAAAGAGGACUGGACUACCAGCGCACUUCAGCAGACGCAGCAAGGACACUCGUCCCAGGAAGGCUUCUCGCAAAAGGAAGCAUCGAUGCCUCGCCCACGUGACACUAGGGUGAUGAAAAAGAAGAGGCGACGUUAACUUGCUUCACGCAUGAUAAAAGCAAACAAUGAAAAUAAUGUUGAUUUACGAGGGAGGCACCACAGAGCACAACAACUACUACUGCUGCGUAUAUUUCCACAAUCGCCAUUCCUUUUGUCACUAAAUUCAGACAACUUUUAGCAUGACAUAUACUUUGUAGAAAAAUUUAUAGAUUGUAUCGUCACUUAGAGAGCAAUAAGAGCAUAAAGCUGAUGCCAAUAAAAUGAUUGAUGCGUAAAGGUGGUUGGCUAUAGGCUAAAGAAAAAAAUUGAGAGACUGUUUGAUUACCGUUUCUAAUAUUAAAGAGUUAUUAGCAAAAAGUUCCAUUCUGGAUGACCAAUUUAGUUUUGGAGAAGUCUUGACGUUCUUCUCUUAAAAUAGUUUGUCUUAAAAUUUUAAGACGAAAACGCAUGUAAUCAUGUUGCAUGUACAUGUUUCAGAGGUUUGUUUAUCAUUUAUACACGCUUGUAUUUGUUUCCAAAAAUGUACUGUUUUCUGGAUGCGUGCAUGUCACUUGCCAUUUAAUAAAAUGAUAUUCAAUACGCUUCAUGGUCCGCAUUCUGAAAAGUCUCGUCAUCUUAUCUCGGCUUCGUUCAACAGCUUGUUCUGGAAGUUACUGUGGUCUUCAAGAGCGUUUUCAUGAUUCUAAUGAUAAUUCUAUAAGGAUUACGUAACCAGAGAGAUAAACACCUAUGAGAACACGACUUUUAAUUUCUGUGGCCCUUGAUAAUUGACCUUAUGCCAAAGUAAAACGUUUCAAGAUACAAGCCUUAACAAACUGUUAUUAUGAUUUAAUUUCAUAUAAUAUAUUUGACUCCCGCAACGUGAGUGUUUCAUGAACUCGGGCAACAUUUAGUGCUGAGUAACGCUUGCAGGUCUUGCCAGCUUGUAGCAUGUUCGGGAUCAUGUGUCACAAAAGUGUUCUCUUCUCAUUGACUUUGAUUUAUCCCAGUUUUCACGAGCCUUGCUUGUUGGUGACGGGUAGAUGUGACGAAGCAACUGGAGCAGAAAAAUAUGAUGUUGGAAACUUCUAGGUAAUUGCAAUGAACACCAUGAGAACUCAGUCUUUAUAGUAAGUUGUAUAUGUGAAGACGUCCAAAGCAACGGGGAGGGUAAACAAGCACUGCAUGUUCUCCUGGGUCCACUCCCGCACAAAAUGUAAUGAAUGUAUUCUGCUAAAAUCCCUGUGAAGUUGAAAGCAUGUGUGGUAGCAGAGGACUGAAUGCAAAACAGGCGGUGCGAGUAGAAAAUGGACCUCGAUGGUUUUAUUGCGCUGCAACAACAAGAUCAUGAUUAUACGAAGUGUUCAUAGGAAAAUACAAUUAAAGAGAGAGAGAGAGAGAGAGAGAGAGAGAGAGAGAGAGAGAGAGAGAGUGUGUGUGUGUGUGUGGAAGAAGGGAACAGAAAGAGGAGUGUGAGGGUAGAUGUGAAGAUAAAGAUAGGGAGAGGGAUGAGUCGAGAGGGGAGAAGGGCUGGAAGAGAUAAAGUGGAGGUUUGGGAACAAAGUAAAACUACUGAACGAGUAAAAUUCAGACUAGAACUAGACAGCGUUAACCCAAGAGAUAUAUAGAGAGGUAAUUAAGAAUGUAACAAGGGGAUGGCAGUUAUGUGAAUCUAGCAAGCAUUAAAUAAAAUGAAUUUGCUUUUCA